GAAUCGACGAGGCAGAGUGGUGGAAAAGUUUUGGUGCACUGCCAGGCUGGAGUCAGUCGGAGUCCCACCAUAUGUCUGGCCUACCUUAUCAGGGUUUUCAGGCUAAAUUUAGAUUCGGCCUUCACCUUCCUGAAGAGCAGGCGACCAAUCAUCAACCCGAACCUCAACUUCAUGACGCAGCUAGUGGAGUUCGAG